AUGUCUCGUCCCCAGGUCAGCAUCGACCGUCUCACGCCCCGCCGGGUGACGGUCGAGCCGCGUGAAACAAUGAACUGCAAAUCCUGUCGCAAGCGCAAGAUCAAGUGUAACCGUUUGCGACCGAGUUGUGAGGCGUGCAAAGUCUUCCAGUGCCCAUGUGUUUAUGAUGCGAUUCCCAAAAAGCGAGGGCCGAAGACCGACGUGCUGGAAGCGCUUUUAAAGCGAGUCGAUGGCCUGGAGAAGAGGUUGCAUGAUGAAAAGAAUCCCAUUUCGCCUACUUCUCCCGAUACCCCGGACGAACCUCCGAGUUUCCCCACCCGGCGCAACACCAUCGACACCUCGUUUAUCUACUCAGAGCGACCCGCGCCAAGUUCUUUGGCGCAGGCUGAUCCAUUCCCGAGACCGAACCCUCCAGCAACCAUUCAGCGAGCCCCGGCGCAUGGGGUGCUUUCAGAUGCGCUUUUGGACAUAUAUUUCGUGCGGCUGCACGGAAAGCCUUUCUACAUCCUGGACGAGGCGACGACGCGGCAGCGCCAUCAGCUCAAUCAAAUACCGCCAUUUCUGGCCAUGGCUAUAUCGGCAAUGGCGUCGAGAUACACUUCAUCCGGACAAGAACAGCCGUUCCGUGCCGGACUUGAGGCGGCGCUGCAGGCUAGAUGCCUGAUUGAUGUUGACAACCCCACAGUAGAAGGCCUGCAGACGCUGCUGUUACUUUCGCAAGCGUUCUACGCCUACGGCCUUGGGAAAAAGGCCUACAUGACAUUCUCAAAUUGUGUUGCCAUGAUUGUCGCUCUAGAUCUGUACCGUGAAGCUCCUUCUAAGAUGAAUAUCGCGCCUGUUGAGCGGGAGAUGAGGCGUCGGCUGUUCUGGUCCGUCUACCUGAUGGAUCGGUUCAUUAACUGUGGUUCCCGGCGUCCGUGUCUGAUAUCUGAUCAUUCGAUCGUCCUGCGCUUACCUUCAUGGUCACCCCAUGCAGCUGGUCUGAACAUGGAAGGCGAGCUGUUCCACGUGGGUCCGAACAUCCAGUACUCGGCAGACUCACGACGCAAAUCACCGAGUGCUGCGUCCUUGCUGAUUGAUAUCACAAGAAUCCUUGGCGUCACUAAUAAAUACCUUGCUGCCGGUGGAGUCAAGGGUGACUCACACUUCCCAUGGCAUGCGCUUUCUAAUCUCUCCAAAAUCCGUCAGGAGUUGGACAUCUGGGCAGCCGGCACGCAGGACGUUUUUGCAUCCAUAGAUGCAUUAUUCGGUCACUCAGAGAGCACAACCCUCUUGCUGAGCAAGCUGGUCUACCACCUGGUACAUUGUUUGAUCUACCGCCCCUUCCUACCAAUUGACUUGGUAGAGUUGCGCGGGACUGGCCAGCACCAGUCGUGGCAGAUUGAGGCUACAAAUCUGUGCUUUUCACACUCCAAUGCUAUCGCCGAGCUGGUUGAACUAGGCCGCAAUUCCCCAUUGGUCGAGUGGCCUGCCUUUGUCGGUUACUGUGUAUGCACCGCCGGUACUGUUCAUGUCCAUGGUGUGCAUUACAAGGGCCGCGAGGGAGAGGUCUUCUCUUCCAGUGCGGAAUUCUUGACUCGUGAAAUGCAUCAGCUCGCGUGGCUGAGGGGCAUUUGGACUGGUGUACAGCACCAACGCGAGCUACUUCAGACUAUAUACACCUGCCACUCGGAGCUGGUUCGCAACCUGGCGAGUAGCCCUAUGCGCUUCUCGCCAGUCUUCCACCUUGAAGACUUCCUCGACCGAUACCCUGGUCUGACAUUGGAUGGAUCCCAUGUGCGACUGACGGACACUGAAGAGGACUCUACAGGCGCCGCAAACUUCAUUGAUCGCCAAGAUCACUUCUACCAACGUCCAGUGGCAGCACCACCUUACCAAACCCCAUCUUCUUACUACUCCAAUGCCAGGGCGGCACCCGAAACCCCACUGGCAUCAAACCAAAGCCCAGAAACUGAGCGUCGUCAAUCAAUCUCACAGAAACCCCAUACAUUCUCCCCCAGCCUCCAAUUCCACCAGUCUCAGCAAUCACCCCUCCCGUCCAUCUUCUCUCUCCAGACAGGAGACCUGUCGGAACAGCAUCUUAAUCUACCCACCGGCUUUUCCCCCUCAGCUUUUGGUCUCUCUCCACCCGCCUUUCUCACCGAGGCAUCUCUCAACAUAGCCCCAACGCCCCCUCAAACCCCCAGCUCCACCGCGCUUACGCCAGGUGCUCAGUCCCAAACUAGCGGGACCCAUACGACCAACGGUAGCGAGGGCGGAUCUUUGGAGAAAGAUCCUUUCCUCAGUUUGCUGGAACAGCUCGCUGAGAAUGAACACUCCCAGGGCGGGCCCAGUGAGCUGGACUUCUUCUUGACAGGGACAGGUGCUGUUGAAGAAGAGAAAGACGCAACUUCAUAG